AUAAAUAAAUACAAUUACAGCUCUUCAGACAUUUCCUGUUUUUCUUUUCUUUUACAGACACUGAUCUCCCUUAAGCAAUCCUGGAAUAUCCUACGGCUCACACAUGUGGGGAGCGUGUCCUGAUUAAGAAGGAGGAAGUCCCCGUUUCCUCUUCCUUUUGCAAGUGAGAAGAUACGUUCAAGUAAAAGAUGAAGUGAGAAAGAGCUCAGAAGGAUCUCCUGCCUGCCACCGCCAUGGCUGCCUCAAGCCCCUUCUCCGGAUUGCCGCGUCCAUUUCAGCUGCUGCUCCUUCUCCUGCGACUUCUUGGUGCCAGAAGCCUGUGGGUGAGGGUGCUGCAGUCUCCUGGACCCUUGUUUGUGUCGGCAGGAGAGACCCUCACUCUGAAUUGCACCGUGAGGCUUUGGUUUGCAGCCGCCAUUAACGGAGGCGUGAAAUGGCACAAGGGCUCGGACAGACAGCAGCCGCCCAUUUAUAGUCAGGAGGAAGACGUUUCCUCCCGGGUGAUCAGAGCUGUCCCUGGAUCAAAAACAGACUUCGCUAUCAGCAUCACAGACAUCCAGCCAGAGGAUGCCGGGACCUAUUACUGCGUGAAGUACAGAGCAGAAGGCAUCGGGGUGACGGAAGAAGCCUCUGGGAAGGGCACGGUGGUCUCUGUGAUUGUUUCACCUAAAGUGUUCCUGGAAACCAACCCAUCCUCUCCUGUCGAGUUGAAUACCAACGUGACUGUCACCUGCAACAUGCAAGGAUUUUAUCCGAAUGAUGCAAACCUGUACCUCUUUGAGAAUAACAGAAUUAGCAAAACAGGAAAGGCUGACCCUGUGACUCAGAAUCAGGAUGGGACGUUCUCCCUCAAGAGUUCACUGGAGGUGACAGCAACGGAAGAGAGGAACCAGUCGGAAUUUACCUGCCUGGUCAGGCAUCAUUCUCAGCGUCCAGUUAAGAGAACGGCAAUGCUGAUAAUCAGAGCAGAGACUGAAGAUAAUGGCAGUUCCAGUAACCUUCGAGAUCAGUGGCCGUUGUCCACCCUUGGUCUCUGGAUUGGACUCGUCUUGAGCAAGAUUGUAGCUGUUCUUGUUCUCUUAUACCUUCUAUUUAAAAAAGAACCUAUGAAGGUGAACCUGAGAAACACAACUGCGAACUUCCAGGAACAGGGGCCAGCGAAGAGCGCUACCUAGUCGUAGUCUAUGACCUUCAUCCCACAUACCCGUUUCCCUCGGAUUCUUCCCAUAGCGUAAAGCGACGGCGCUCCUAAGAUCCUUUGCA